AGAGAGAAACAGAAGACAGAAAGCAACCUUUCGGUCUGCAAAGAGGGGGCUUAAAUUUUCCAACGGAAGCCCAAGCUUCGCUGGGUGCAUUUAGUCCGAACCUCCUCCAUCCAUCCCUCCGAGGCAGCGGCAGCUUGAACCGGGCAAAGCCUGCUUCGCCUUUCCCUCUCCCUCUCCCUCUCCCUCUCCCUGGCAUCGGUGUGCUCCUCUUCCCCGUCCAUGAUAGGACCUUCUGCGCUCCCCCUGGUCUCUGCCACCACCUGUGAUGCAGGAGGAGAUUGGAGGACGGGGUCAUAUGACGCGGUCACGUGGUGGAGGCAGCUUCUUUUUCCAAAAAAGAAAAUGGGGUUUGGUGUAAAUCUGGGGGUGUAAUGUUAUCAUAUAUCACGCUACCUCGUAAAACCGACACCGAAGCCUACCGGACAACAAAUCACCGGUCAAAAUUAUGAGCUCUUCGUAUUAUGUGAACGCUCUUUUUAGCAAAUAUACGACGGGGGCUGCUUCCCUCUUCCAAAAUGCGGAGCCGACGUCUUGCUCCUUCGCGCCAGGCUCCCAGCGAAGCGGAUAUGGACCCGGGGCCGGCGCCUUCGCCUCCUCUAUGCCCGCCUUGUACAAUGUGAACAGUAGCCUCUACCAGAACCCUUUCUCCUCGGGGUACAGCCUGGGCUCGGACGCCUACAACCUCCACUGCUCCUCUUUUGACCAGAACAUCCCCGUCCUCUGCAACGACUUAACCAAAGCCAGCUGCGAGAAAGGCGAGGAGGGCAACCUGCACAGCAGCCAGGCGGAGAGCAGUUUCCGCAUCUACCCCUGGAUGAGAUCUUCAGGUCCGGAUCGGAAGCGAGGCCGCCAGACUUAUACUCGUUACCAAACCCUGGAGCUGGAGAAAGAGUUCCACUUCAACCGCUACCUGACCCGCCGGCGGCGGAUAGAGAUUGCUCACGCUCUCUGCUUGACAGAGAGGCAGAUCAAAAUCUGGUUCCAGAACCGACGCAUGAAGUGGAAGAAGGAGCAUAAAGAAGAAAACCCCAAUGGUGGUGGAGGUGGCGGAGGUGAAGGUGGUGGUGGUUGGGAGGUGGCUAGGGGGCGAGAGCCCAUCCAUCUGCCGGGCGGCGGAGACGGCGACUGA